AGAUAAGCCACUAAUACGCGCACUCUGUGCGUCUCUGUUGUCCAUAGCCUACCAUCAGUUGGCAAAAGUUAUUCAUACAUAUCGAAAUUGAGAUAAAAGUGAAAAUACUCUGAAAGCAAGGCAAAGCACAAACUACAAUCUUAGCCCAUUCACAACAGCCUUUGUAGUUCAUAAGAAUUUCUUUUUACAAAAAAAAAGCGAAAAAAAAAAAUACAACCGACAACGAUUUGUGGGAUUAACAUAACACAACUGAGCAGAAUUGAUAGGUGAUACCAUCAAACGAACAGUGGGAGCCACACCAUUGACAUCACAAAAACAACAUCGCACCACGCAACAAGAAAAGAAGUUGAACUGGCACCAUGAAAAUGGGUCAAUCGGCGCGAUGUUUUUGGUGGGCCACCUUAUACUGUGUGCUGUAUUUGGUUAGUGCCAGCGAUGAGGACUUGAUGGAUUUCGAUUUCAGUGAUCUUAAGGAAAUCGAUUGGAAUUACGAAAAUGAGAAUAGUCAGGAGAAUUUCAAAAAGUCCACAGCGAAACCCGAAGAGAAUACCAUAACCUUUGAGGAUGAUUUCGAUCUUUUGGAGGAGCAGGACAAUAAGGUGCAUUCGAUUCCAUUCGAUUGGCGUGAAAAAUUGCUAAGAACGGCACUGUCCAAGGCUUUAACCAACAAAGUGGUGAGACAAAAAUUUAUCGAAGUAAUGCCCAUACUUAGGGUCUUGUCUAGGCAACAAAAAUUGGCCUUGUCAGCAUUGAUAACGGCGCAGAUAAGUGCCAAACAGGGGCAUGAGUUGAAAUUGGAUCAGGUCCGCAUGAUGUUUGGCGAUGACAAAAGUUUAAUUUUGCCCGUGGUCUAUGACAUUGCCAAUUUGGUUAAAAGUUCGGCCAAGAAAUAUAUUAGUUUCGAUUACUCCUUGCAAGAUUUGGCCAAAUUUGGCAAGGCCAAGGUGCAAAAUGAUAGAAAAAAAUUGGAUUUGUCUACCAUUGAAUUGGAUGAAGAUGACAAUUUGACAAACUUUGGCAAGGGCACAGUUCAAGCUGAGCGGAAAAAAUUGGAUUUAUCUUCCACUGAAUUGGCAGAAGAUGACUUAAAUGAGGGCAUUGGCACUUUGCCUUAUACAGGCGAGCUGUCCAAGGAAGAUGAUAUGGAAGAUUUUAUGGAAGAUAUGCGUGAAGAGUAUUUAGAUCCCAUGGAAAUCAAUAAGGAGUUACAAACUGAAACUGCAAAAAAAGCUCAAACCGGUAAGAAAGCCAUACCUGUGAUUGUAGCCGAAGCCAAGAAAAGGGAAGAAUUAAAGAAACCCAUAGAAGAGCCAGAGGUCAUUGUAGAUGAUCCCAUUAAAAUCAAUUUGGAAUUGCAAAAAGAUGUACCCACCCUAGAAUUGCUUAAGGGCAGUGUGCCCAUACCAAGCGGCGCAGAAAAGAAGUUAACCAAAUCCGCUGCAGCUUCAAUUGUAUCCACCACACCCACUACUUUAAGACGUACACGAAGAGCUACAGAGAAUCGUGAAUUUGUACACAAAUUGAUAAGAUCGGUGCCUUUGUCUGUCAAUGAGGCUGACUUGCAAAGAGGUUUGGCGGGCAGAACUUUAAAACUAAAUACCACUGCUUUUGCAUCGCCCAAGGAGUCUACGUUGAAGCCCUUGGUUACAGCCGAACCCACAGUUGAUCACACAGCUGAGACACCAAAAUCUGAUAAUGAUCAACUGGAGCCUUACCAAUUGGUGGAAGAUUUAGCAUUUGCCAGUUUGAAUGGUUCAGAAAUCCUUCUGGGAGCAGACAAUCAGACAACCGAGGAUGAUAUCACCCCCGAUAAUGAGGAAGAGCCGGCAGAAGCUUUACCCACUCCCGAGGAGUUGAUAGCUGGUCCACGUUAUCGAGUGUCGGCAAAUAAAAUUAUAAAUAUGCGCACCUCUGGCCCUAUGCCCAAAGGUAAGCGUGUUCUGACCAAGGUGCGUGGCCGCCCCAUCAAGGGCACUGGUGUUUCGCCACCAAAGAAAUGUGAACGUUUCACCGCCUCCAUGUGUAUACGAACCGAAGAUUAUCCCAUAGAUCAGAUAAUGGGCAGCAUAAGAAGACAUCGCAAUGCCAUGACAGCUUUGUUGGCUGAAUACAAUGACAAGCUGCAUAAUGUGGAGAGUUCAGAUGAUUUCGAUGAGUAUUUUAAUUCAAAGAAAAGGCGCCAGGAUACGAAUGAGGUUCAAGGAGGUUUGUGUCAAAGCAUUGUUCGCUAUGCUCGCCCACAAAAGGCUCGAUCUGCAUCGGGCGAGUGGAAAUUUAUUGUGAAUACCGGUCAACAUACACAGACAUUGAGAUUGGAGAAAUGCACAAGUCCCCAAGAAAGCUGCUCCUAUCUUUCCUCCAGCUACAAGUCCUAUUGUUCACAGGUCUAUAACUAUCAUCGCCUUUUGAGUUGGGAUAAGACUCGUGGCUUGCAUGUGGACAUCUUUAAGGUGCCCACCUGUUGUUCCUGUCAAAUCAGUGGCAUCCGACAGCAGCAAUUUGCUGCUGUUCUAAGCUCCUUCAAUAAGAAAGAAUACAGCCCGGCCCCUAAGACUGAGUCAUAUCGCAAUGAGCCACACGAAUAUGCUGAAGAGGAUUUAGAUGAGGAUGAGGAUGAUGACUUUGGCUUUAAUGUGCGCACCACUAAUCACUAUAAACACGACAGCAGUUUUGAUGCCAAUGAAUUGUUGUCGGGCAGCAGUAAAAGGGUGAGAACUAAGAUACCAAGUCCCACGGUGGGUUCUUAUCUCAGUCCUCCGGGAGAUGAUGAAUUUGAGCAAUAUCCUUACAAACUGCCAAGAGACACUAGUACGGUGUACAAGCAUUCGGCUCCAGCUUCUUCAGUGUCUUUGUCCUCGCCAUCUUCUUCGUCGCCCGCAGGUUCCUCUAGGAAAAUUCUACGAGAUUUGGCUAAGCGUAGACCUCAGAAAAGCUACAGUGGUGACUAUCAAGCCGCUGAUCUGGAAUACUCACCCAGUGAACAACACUCCGAGAGAGAGGUAGUAGCAAUGACAGCACUACGGCCAUCACCACUAGCACCGGAACCAUUCGUGCACUCACACCACUCCCUAGCGCACCCACAACAGGACGACCUUUCGCUUUCGAUACCAAUGCCCACCAAAAACCACCAUCACUCAGAGAAUGCCGCUGGAAGCGACAAUGAUAGAACCACACUACCACACGAAUCAUCAGUAUCCCAGUCCACAACACCAGCCGUCCGGGCAGCUUCACUACCAGCCCAUUACUACACCGAUGCAUCAGGAGGUGGCCUCAAAGUCCACCGGUCGAGGGUACGCAUCGCUGCAACGGGAACGACAGCCGGCAGCAAAACGUCCACCACAACGGCCAUCCCCGAAACGACCGCACAACGCGAGACGCCAUCGAAGCGCCCGGUUAUACCUUCUAUAACUUCGGAUGUCUUCCGCAAUCCCUACAUAAGUACAUUUAAUUUGACCACACCGAAGCCGAUGGCGACUGGGUCGCAGGUUAACGGCAGCACAAAAUCUCCUUCACCACCGAGGCGCAUUAACUACAGCUAUCAUCCCAUCAUUGAUUUUUUCGAAUAUAAUCGCAGAAUUCAAUCGAGUAUUAGCGAUGGCAGUACAACAACGCCUCCGCCUUCCCCAGCACCAUCCAUAGCGGCCACUGUGAGAAGGGUUAGGUCGACGGCAAGGCCUUCAUAUCUACUCUCUUCCACACAAUUGUAUGCCCACAAAAUUCCCAAUGCUGUUGCGCUCAACACAUAUCACCACCAGAACUCACAGCAACAAGAGCAACAACAACAGCCAUCAACACAACACAAUGAGCGUAGAAUUGGUUACGGUGCUGAUGGUGACGGUAGUAGUGUUAGAACCCACCUACAAUUUUCCCAUAAAAUUCAACACGGUGACCAAACACCCGCUCUAGCCCAACAACCCUUUCCCGCUGUACGCUCUCAGCAGGAAACGGAAGUUGCUGAUGUUUGGCACCCCGUUGUAUUGGAGAAUUUCUAA